UAACCUCCUUCCGAACCUCAGCUUUGGAAUAACCCGAAGCUAGAUCCUGUCUUUUUCUCUUCUUUAUUUAUCCACUUCCCAUUUUCCUUUUGUUUCAACUUUCAACUCACUCACUCACUCACUCUGCAAAAUCACUCUCUUAUCAUAGGAUUGCUCUGAAGUUAUUGUAUUUGGCUGACAAGUUCUAAUGGCGACAAUGGUAUCUAAAAGAAGUUCAGCUCUGAAUCCAAAUGCACCUCUCUUCGUACCUGCUGCUCUUCGUCAGGUGGAGGAUUUUUCACCUCAAUGGUGGGAGCUUGUGAAAACUUCGACAUGGUUUCAUGACUAUUGGUUGAGCCAGUAUAUGGAGGAAGAUUUUGAAGAAUGUGUUGAUAAUGAUACUACAAAUGAUGAUAUGGAAAAUAUGCUGUCAGAAACUUUUGAUCUUGGCAUUGAAGAAGAAGACUUCAAAUUUCUAGAGAAUGAGUUUGAGAAAUUGGUGAUGUCCGACGAAGCUCUAGAAUGUCCGGUUAUGGAUGAUCCUGUUGAGGAGAAAAAGCCUCAUGGUGUUAACAAGGAUGCUUCAGCACUUCUCAAGAUCUUGUCACCAAGGGAAAGGGGUCCCAAGUCACCUAUUGGAUCUGCAAAGCACUUUGAGAAGCCAGCACAAUAUGUUAACCUCAAGUGUGCACCUCAAAGAAUUCACCAACCUCGUUAGGAGAAACUUUGAAGCUCAUGGUGAUGAUAGCUUGCUUGAACUGCAAGUUUCCGACUAGAGUAUGCAAUCUCUGUUGAAAUAACUUGUGUACAUAGAAGGUUUAGUAGUGUCUUUGUAUUUUUCUUGUUGAUUAUGUCAUGUAUAUUUAAGGUAGGUGAGACUUUUAAGUGUGACCGGCCUAAGUAUUGGAAUGUUUAUGGUUUGAUCAACUUUAUUUCAUUCUGAAAUAAAUGGUUAAUGUUAGUUACAUGGUAUAAGAGAGUCUAUGGAUUUUAAGUUUUAGGUGUGUUCUGUUCAGUGUGGCAAUUGGAUUGAACUUUUCAUUUCUUGUAAUUUUACAUUUGGAAAGUAAAUGGUUAAGUAGCUUCUUUCUGCUUAUUCAA